UUAUUCAUAUACUCUCGACAGCGACGGAGAGGAAACACCCAAAGAAACCGAGAAGCCAAAAAUAUCUAAGUCUCUUUUGCAAUCAUUCAAGUCAAGCAGUCGAAUAAAAUCACUUUGGGUUUCUCUUCUUCACUUUUUUUUUUCUUAGGGUUUUGCUAACAAAGUGUUUGAUCGGAAGAAUCUAAUGUCGCUGUCGAACCAGAUUCCCCCUUUCGCUUCGGUUUCCUCUUUGUGACCUGAAUCGAAUCGUCAUCUCUUUUCCGAGUUUACUGAGAAAUAUAUCAGAUGAGAAGUUCUGGGUUACUUCUUCUCAACUUCCUCUUCUUCUUCUUCAGUCCGAUUUUGACAGCUAAAGGAGCAUUCGUUGGAACGUAUGGGAUAAACUAUGGAAGGAUUGCUGAUAACAUCCCUUCCCCCGAUAAAGUAGUCUUACUUCUAAAGCAAGCUAAAAUCCGUAACGUGCGUAUAUACGAUGCUGACCACACUGUCCUCCAAGCUUUCAGUGGCACUGGUCUAGACCUCGUGGUUGGACUCCCUAACGGUUUCUUGAAAGAGAUGAGUUCUAACGCUGAUCAUGCACUCACUUGGGUCAAAGACAAUGUCCAGUCUUUCUUACCAAACACUCGCAUCCGUGGUAUCGCCGUAGGGAACGAAGUCCUCGGCGGCGGCGAUUCCGAGCUCUCUGGAGCCUUGCUAGGCGCUGCAAAGAACGUAUACAAUGCCUUGAAGAAAAUGAAUCUGGAGGGAACGGUGCAGAUCACCACGGCUCAUUCGCAGGCCGUGUUUGCUGAUUCGUACCCGCCUUCCUCUUGUGUUUUCAAGGAGAAUGUUGUCCAGUACAUGAAGCCUCUGCUUGACUUCUUUGAUCAGAUUGGCUCUCCCUUUUGUUUGAACGCUUACCCUUUUCUUGCCUACACUUAUAACCCCACUCAGAUCGAUAUCAACUAUGCGCUUUUCAAGCCGACCGAAGGGAUCUACGACCCGAAAACGAAUCUGCGUUAUGAUAACAUGCUUGAUGCUCAGAUUGAUGCCGCUUACAUGGCGCUGGAAGAUGCUGGGUUCAAGGAGAUGGAGGUCAUGAUUACUGAGACAGGGUGGGCUUCUAAAGGUGAUUCAGAUGAACCGGCUGCGACCCCUGAGAACGCGAGGACCUAUAACUAUAACCUCAGGAAGAGGCUUGCGAAGAAGAAAGGGACACCUCUUAGACCCAAAACUGUGCUCAAAGCAUACAUCUUUGCUUUGUUCAAUGAAAAUUCUAAACCGGGGAAAAGUUCUGAGACCCACUUUGGACUUUUUAAGCCUGAUGGAACCAUAUCAUAUGAUAUUGGAUUCAACAGCCUAAAGUCAGAUGCGCCCUCAAAGGCAGCUUCGUGCUAUGUGGCAUCAUUACUCAUCUCUAUCUCUGUUUUCCUCCUGAUGAUAUAACUGCUGAAAUGGUAUGAGAUUUGUCGAUUGGGUUCUGUCAUAUCAUUACUACUAGGAGGUUGAGAGGCUAACGAAUUGCUAGGAGCACAAAAUUUAUUGGAAAUUCUCGUACGUACAUCGUAGCCAAGAGAUAUUAUAUAUUAUUAUAUCAAUCUUAUUAUGUAUACAUAAAUUUGGCUCUCUGCUUAGAUUAAAAGGAUUAUGAAUAUUUUUGUUUCGUAUAAGAGUAUACUAUCAAGAAUAAUAAAGUCUGAUUUAUCUUA